AUGGCUCUCACGAGUCAGCCAACGCAAGCGCACGGAAGCGUCGGGCCGAAGCGAAGGCUCGAUUCUCAGAACAACGCAGCACCGAAACGAAAAAAAUACGAGCCACGCCAUGGAGGAAAGGCCACUAGACCUUUGACGUCCGGAGAACUCCUUUGGGGUCCAAGAUACACCAAAUCGCUAUAUUGUAGCGAAACGGACAAGGAAAUAUUCGGCAUACGUUUUGACAAGAAGCUCGACGAGAAGUCCGCGGAAAAAAGAAGUUCGUGUCAGGCCGGGCGGCUGAACAGUGUGGAAGAGUUGAAGUACUACGGGGAUCUCAGGCUCAAUGCAAUAGUAGCACUGCUUGGAUCGUUCGGAUUGCGACCAUGGAAGCGAGGUCGAGGACGAAAGCUGCAAUUACGGUACGGACAUUCAAUAUCAGUCGUGGCUACAGAUGGCGUCUUCCAAGUCCCAGCCACCGGGUCAUUGGUUGCAGUUGCCGAUAUUGUGAAUAUGAGACACAGGAGGGAAAAGCACUCCUUGGCUCUAUGGCCGCAGGCCAACGGAGAGAAGAAAGAAGACCGAGAACACAGAGCCAAGGAGGCAUUGCGCAUCAGGCCCAGAAUAGUAGAAGAGGACGCGCAAAUAGCAUUGAUGAUGAUAUCGACGGUUAAGGAGAUGCUAAGGAGCGGUGAACAAAACGGAACGGGGGCGUGGGCAAGGGUAAUUAGCUUGGGCAGUGAUCAGAUAUUCUUGUACCGAAGCUGGAUCUCUCGACAAUUUGUUGAAACGUUCGAUGCCGGCGCGGGAUUUACCAUAGAGUAUCGAAGCGUUCCGUUGAAACAGAAGCGCCAAGUUUUAGAUCAGCUUGAGUGCUUGCUCGCGGAGAGGGCUUCAUCUAGCGACCAGCACGGCGGUACUGAUUAG